AUGAAGAUGAAUCCCAGCAGGAGCCCCAGCAGCCUCCCCAUCAGCUGCAGCAAGCUCAGCAACAGCAGCAGCACGUCCAACACCUUCAGCAGCAGCAACAGCAGCAUAUGCACCAACUCCAACAGCAGUACCAGCAACACACCCAGCAAUCGCAACAGCAGUUCCAACAGCAGCAGCAGCAGCAGCAGCGCAGCAGGCACGCACUUCUUUGUUCGGCUCUUCGUCUCCCGCCUUCUCGCCCACGCCCACCGCCUUCGGCUCUGCCGCGCCUUCCUACUCGCCCACUUCUCCCUCCUACUCUCCCACUUCGCCUUCCUUUUCGCCCACGUCGCCCGCCUACUCGCCCACUUCGCCUUCCUACUCGCCCACGUCGCCCGCCUACUCACCCACUUCGCCUUCCUACUCGCCCACUUCUCCCGCCUACUCGCCCACGUCGCCUUCCUACUCCCCUCGGUUUCUUCGAAUUCGGCGUUCUCGUUCGGGGCGCCGCCCAGGGCGUACCCGCAGCCGGUAGCGGCGCUGAACGCCCCGCUGGCGUCGCCUCGCGCCUACUACCCCACUCCCACGGGCAGCGCUCCGACGCCGCAGCUUCAGCCGCAGUUCGGGCGCACGCCCAGGGCGAGGAAGGUGGACACGAACGUGCUGACGGUGGGCCUGGGCUCGCUGGCCGAGGACGUGCCCAUGAUGACCGGCGACCCCGUCUUUUGCAAGGGCUGCUCGGCCAUCUUCAGCUCGUUCAGCACGAUCAAGAAGGUGGAGAGCGGCGGUGGCGAGGAGAAGAAGACCGAGAAAGAGGAGGAGGCGGAGGCCAUCGAGGGCGAUAGCGUCUGGCAGUGCGAGUUCUGCGGCCACGCCAACCAAAUCGAGCUCGACGACGAGGAGGUGCCCAAGGCCGAGUCCCUCGAUUACCUGCUGGAGCCGGCCCCCGUCGCCAGCGACGCCACGGAGAAUAACCUCGUGUUCGUCAUCGACAUUUCGGGGUCGAUGUGCGUGUCGACUGAGGUGCCGGGCAAGGUGCAGCUCAAGGGCAUGGAGAAGCGGCGACAGGACUUUGCCGGCUUCCUCAUCGAAGGCGACCAGUUCAUGCCCGGCCAACGCCGCGACGUCACCUACAUCUCCCGCCUUCAGUGCGUGCAAGCUGCGGUUGCGAGCCAGCUGCAGGAGCUGAAGAUCAAGUCGCCCAAUCGUCGCGUGGGCGUGAUCUGCUUCAACGGCGACGUGAUCGUGCUCGGCGACGGUUCGGAGGCGCCCAAGACCUUCACCGGCGAUCUCCUCACCUCCUACGACGGCCUCUUCUCCGCCGCCUCCCAACUCUCCCUCAGCCGGCCGGUGAGCGAAACGAGCGAGGGGCUGGUGGAGAAGGUGUUCGGGCUGCAGGAGACGGGAGCGACCGCGCUCGGUCCCGCCGUGCUCUGCGCCGUGGCGCUGGCCAAGACCAACGGCACGAUCCUGCUGUGCACCGACGGGCUGGCCACCGUGGGCCUGGGCUCGAUGGACGCGCUGCGCAGCGUGGCCGACCAGGAGGUGGUCGAGUCGUUCUACCGGCGCGUGGCCGACGAGGCCCGGGGGAAGGGCAUCGUCAUCAACACCGUCUCCAUCGAGGGCGAAGACUGCAAGCUCGAGAACCUGGGCAUCCUCGCCGACCUCACUUCCGGCAAGGUGGACAUCGUGGAUCCGCUGCAGCUGGAGAAGAACUUCGAUUCGAUCCUGGAGAAGCCCACCAUCGCCAAGAACGUCCGCCUUCACUUCCUCCUCAGCGCCAACAUGUACGUGCGCUCUUCCGAUGAAGCGAUGGGCGACGGGAUGGAGGUCGAGGGCAAGGAGCAGGCCAACCACGUGGAGAAGGAGGUGGGCAACGUCAACGCCGAUUCGGACAUCUCGUUCGAGUACGGCGUCAAGAAGGAGUUUACCGCCCACAAGAUCGACACGCUGCCCUUCCAAGUGCAGAUCCACUACACGAGGCUGGACGGAAGCAAGUGCGUGCGCGUCUUGACGAAGCAGCAGAAGGUGACCACCCAGAAGGAAGAGGCCCUUAAGGAGGUGGAUGUGGCCGUCAUCGGCCACAACGCCGUCCAACAGGCCGGCGUCAUGGCCCAGCGAGGCGACUACGAGGGAGCCAGGCAGUGGCAGUCCAUGAACGCGUCCCUGAUGAUGAAGGUCACGCCCCAGGCCGCCCCGCAGCAGCAAGCCGCUCUGACGUCCUACAUGGACCAGGCGCGACACCUGGACCGACAGCUCGACACGAUGCAGAGAAUCGACGCGCCGCAGGGCUACGCCGACGCCGACUCUCGCUACAGGGGCCGCCAGCAGCUGCGAUCGGACCAGGCCGCGCGAGCCAUCUACCAGGCCAAGUCGACCAGCCGCGCCGCCUUCACACCCAAGAGCAGCGACCGCGACCGCAGCCAGUGA